GCGUCAGGCGCGGUGCCGGGGCGGGGCGGCGGCGGUGCCGGUGGCCGCGGCCCCGCCAUGGCGCUGUCGCCCUACGUGCAGGCCAUGCAGGAGCUGUUCCGCGCCAACACGCGGAGCCGCGAGUUCCCGGCGCACGGCGCCAAGGUGCACUCGGUGGCCUGGAGCUGCUGCGGCCGCCGCCUCGCCUCCGGUUCCUUCGACAAGACCGCCAGCGUCUUCCUGCUGGAGAAGGACCGGCUGGUGAAGGAGAACAACUACCGGGGCCACGGGGACAGCGUGGAUCAGCUGUGCUGGCACCCCAGCAACCCCGACCUGUUUGUCACAGCGUCAGGGGACAAAACCAUCCGCAUCUGGGACGUCCGCACCACCAAGUGCAUCGCCACUGUCAACACCAAAGGUGAGAACAUCAACAUCUGCUGGAGCCCUGAUGGACAGACCAUUGCCGUGGGGAACAAGGAUGAUGUGGUCACCUUCAUUGAUGCCAAGACACAUCGCUCCAAAGCUGAGGAGCAGUUCAAGUUUGAGGUGAACGAGAUCUCCUGGAACAACGACAACAACAUGUUCUUCCUCACCAACGGGAAUGGCUGCAUCAACAUCCUCAGCUACCCAGAGCUGAAACCCAUCCAGUCCAUCAACGCCCAUCCUUCCAACUGCAUCUGCAUCAAGUUUGAUCCCAUGGGGAAGUAUUUUGCCACAGGCAGUGCUGAUGCGUUGGUCAGCCUCUGGGAUGUGGAUGAGCUGGUGUGUGUGAGGUGCUUCUCCAGGCUGGACUGGCCCGUGCGGACCUUGAGCUUUAGCCAUGAUGGGAAGAUGCUGGCCUCAGCAUCAGAGGAUCACUUCAUUGACAUUGCCGAGGUGGAGACAGGAGAGAAGCUCUGGGAGGUGCAGUGUGAGUCCCCCACCUUCACAGUGGCCUGGCACCCGAAGAGGCCGCUGCUGGCCUUCGCCUGUGAUGACAAAGAUGGCAAAUAUGACAGCAGCCGGGAGGCUGGCACUGUCAAGCUUUUUGGGCUCCCCAACGACUCCUGAUGAAGCUGCUGCACCCAGGGAGGCAACACCUGCCUGCCCUCGAGGGUGGGAGCUUAGGAGCUGGCUCAUCUCCUUGCCAGCCUGGCAGGGCUGUGACCUCGGGCUCAGCUCGGUGUCUCCUGUUCUUGGGAGCUUUGUAAACAGGCAGCUGUGUGCUGGGGAGAGUGGGGGGAUUCUGGCAGGGCCCCCCUCUGCCACCUCCUCUCUGGGGCGUGGGGGGCUUGUUCCAAAGGCAAGUGGCCAAAGAAAAUCAGUCACUGAAGGUGGCUGCUGAGGAGCCUCCCAUGGGAGGUGCUGUGCUUUGACCAGGCUCCCCAGCAGUGAUGUGUGACUGUCCCCUUGUCCCCAAAAGCCUGGUGGCAAGGGCAGCUCUGGGGGCACAACCUGCCUCUCCCCCUCCCAGACAUCCCGUGACCCUUCCCUGCGCUGGGGCAAUGAGGGGAGGGUGGGCGGGUUUGAACUGGUAGAUGUUUUUCCCAGCUGGGGCUUUUUAAAAAUAUUUGUGGUGUCUUUUUGUAAUUUUGAUAAAUCCUCUUCCUUAA